AUGGCCGUCCGGCCUAAUCGCCUCCUCUUUCCGGCGCCAAACGCCUCCUCCUUAUGUGGAUUCAUGGAGUUGUGCACCCCUCCCCCGCCGCCACCCUCUCCUCCAUCUUCCCCGGGCCCCCCCACCACCAUCCGGUUCCACCACUCCUCCCUCCUCCCCGCCCUCCCCAUCUCCGCCGCCUUCCUCAUCGCCGCCGCCGUCCUCGUUCUCGUCCUCGCCUACUUCGUCUUUCGCCGCCGCCACCACCGCCGCACGGCAUCCCCCGACGUACCCCUCGCCGGCGGACCCCUUGAGGAGGACGGUGGCGGCGACGGCAACGGCGACGAGGUGAUGCACCAUGUCUGGUACAUCAGGACCGUUGGCCUCGACGAGUCAACCAUCAGGGCCAUCUCCGCGUUGGCGUACAAGGCCGCGGAUGGCGUCCUCGGCGCCUCGGCCUCCGACUGCGCUGUCUGCCUCUCCGAGUUCCGCGAGGACGAGCUCGUUCGCCUCCUUCCCAAGUGUGGCCACGCCUUCCACCUCGGCUGUAUCGACACUUGGCUUCGAUCCCACGUCAAUUGCCCCCUGUGCCGUGCGCCCGUCGUAGUCUCGACCUCCGCCGCCAGCAGUGGCGGUACUGGAACAAGUACCCAUUCUUCUUCUUCUUCCUCCUCCUCCUCCUCCUCCUCCUCCGCCCCUUCAUCCCACCCUGAGUUUAUCCCAGAUCACGUGGAUCCCAAUAAUCUCUCCUCGGCCGUAGCGGACAGCGAGCAGAUCAAUGGCCGGCAAUCAGAAUCUGCUCAAGGCGCCUUGGAAGAGGAACCGGAGGUCGAAAGAUUGGAACUUGGAGCUGGAAACCGAACUGUGGUCUUCCCGCUCACGAGCUCUGAGCAGCGAGUGACUGUUGAUAUUGGGGAAGAUGGGUUUCAGCCCAUCCGGCGAUCGAUUUCUAUGGAUUCAUUUACUUGUUCUUCUUUUAUACAUGGAUUGGAGUCUGAUGAGCAUCUCAGCAAUAACAGGAAGAAAACCUCCUUAGAAGAAGAAGUGUGGGAUGAUAGAACCAGGAGAAAGCAAUGGAAUUUUUCCAGUGGCGCUUCUUUGUGCAAGGAAACAGAAAGAUCUUUAUCGAGCAUUAGUGGGAGCUUCUUCUUGUCAAGACAAGGCCGAGCUCGGCGCUCCCUUCUGCCGCUGUAA